AUGCCCUCCCGCGUCACUCCGCUGGCGGAGGACGCACGUCGGGGCGCGGCUCCCUAGCUCGCGUGCACGGCUCGGCUCUGUCACUCGCGCCCUGUGGAGGACUGGGCGCAUCUAAGAGCUUGCCUGGCGGCGGCAGCGACGAUGCACGGAAACACCCGCACUCCGGCCACCAGCGUGAGUGCCGACUGCUGCAUCCCGGCCGGCUUGCGCCUUGGGCCGGUGCCUGGCACCUUCAAGCUGGGCAAGUACCUGUCAGAUCGCAGGGAGCCCGGGCCUAAGAAAAAGGUACGCAUGGUGAGAGGGGAGCUGGUGGACGAGUCGGGGGGCUCCCCUCUGGAGUGGAUAGGGUUAAUCCGGGCAGCCAGGAAUCCCCAGGAACAGACUCUGGAAGCUAUUGCAGACUUACCCGGAGGACAGAUCUUCUACCGAGCAUUGAGAGAUGUCCAGCCAGGGGAAGAACUGACUGUGUGGUAUUCUAACUCCUUGGCUCAGUGGUUUGACAUCCCCACCACUGCAACUCCAACUCAUGAUGAGAAAGGGGAGGAACGUUACAUUUGCUGGUACUGCUGGAGGACCUUUAGGUACCCCAAUAGUCUCAAAGCACACCUGCGAUUCCACUGCGUGCUCAGCGGCGGCGGCGGCCGAGCCUUCCUGCACCACGAGCACGCCGCUCGCCAAGCCGCGGCCCCGGCCGAAGGCCUCGGCCUCUCCCCGAAACCCUCUGCGCCCGACUUCGCCGCGCCCGUCCAGGCGAGCACUCUGCGGCCUCAACCACUGGCCCCACAACACCCCCAGACUUGUGGGGCUCGGGAAGGCAUCAAGCGCGAGGCCUCCUCCGGGCCCUCGGCCGUCUCGCCGCCCUUGGGCAAGUGGGGGCCGCUCAAGAAGGGCAAGGAACCGCAGGCAGAUCGUGCCGUAGACAUGAGCGGGGCAGCCCGGGCGCAUCACGGCCACUUCUUGGGCAUCGUGGGUGGCUCUCCAGCCGGGAGCGGCGGCCUGGCUUUCUACCCCGGCGUGCGCUCAGCUUUCAAACCCACUGGUUUGGCCCGGGCGGCCGCGCACGGCGACCCCUACCGGGAGGAGGGUGGCGGCAAAGCCGGGGCGGGUCUGGCCUUGGGCCGGCUGUUGGGCGGGGGUCGGGCUGGCGGGCGCCCCGGGAGUGGCGAGAACCCGGCAGCAGGAGGCGCGGGCCACCACCACCACCACAACCACCACCACCACCACCACGCGCAUCACCACCACCCCAAGUGCCUCCUCGCGGGAGACCCGCCGCCGCCGCCCCCUCCGCCCGGCCUGCCUUGCUCGGGCACCCUGCGUGGCUUCCCUUUGCUCCCGGGCCACCCAGAAGAGGGGUCCGGCGGCGGCGGCGGCGGCGGGGGCAGCGGGGCCGGCAAGGCCAAGACCGGCCACCUGUGCCUCUACUGUGGCAAGUUGUACUCGCGCAAGUACGGGCUCAAGAUCCACAUGCGGACGCACACGGGCUACAAGCCACUCAAGUGCAAAGUGUGCCUGCGGCCCUUUGGCGACCCCAGCAAUCUCAACAAGCACAUCCGACUGCACGCCGAGGGCAACACGCCCUACCGCUGCGAGUUCUGCGGAAAGGUGCUGGUCCGCCGCCGGGACCUGGAGCGCCACGUCAAGUCCCGACACCCCGGCCAGAGCCUGCUGGCCAAGGCGGGGGACGGCCCGGGGCCCGAGCCGGGCUAUCCGCUCGAGCCUGGGGAUCCCAAAAGUGAUGACAGCGAUGUGGACGUCUGCUUUACGGACGACCAGAGUGACCCUGAGGCUGGGGGCCGGGCCGGGCACGACUCCUAA